AUGUCUUACGCUUGCCCUUGUUGACACGCCGAGUCAAGUCUAUCUUCUCACAUUUCCAGGAAAUGUGUGUUCACCAUUCCUUUCAAACGGAUCUUUCUUCUUUAUUCACGAUGUUUCGCAGCGCCUACACUAUGCUUCCUUUCAAACAUCUCCUCUUCGUCUUUAUUUAUAGUAGCUACCCAGUUGCACUCAAACACUCCAAAACACUCGAUGGCGUCGAUGACGAAGUUAUUUUUGUUGGGUGUUAUUCCCCUCUUUCUUCUCCGCUUCUGCUGCGGAUGUAUCCACAGCGAGAGGGAAGCACUUCUUCACAUUAAAAAUAAAUCUCAUCCCUCUUAUUUUUAUUCGUGGGAGAAUGGAACAGAUUGUUGCGACUGGAACGGCAUAUCCUGCAGUAACACCACGCAUCAUGUAGUCAGUGUUGUUCUGAUGGGGUUUCUAAAUCCGAACCUGCGUUUGGUGGAAGGAGGCAUCAUAUGGCCGAGCUUGUGCACCCUCACUUCUCUUGAAACCAUAGACCUCUCUUGGAUUGGAAUAUCAGGUACUCUUCCUCCCUGCUAGGGAAACCUCUCUUCUCUCACAUACCUGUAUUUAAGUGGUAAUAGUUUGAGUGGGAAAAUUCCAAGCAUGUCUUCUCUCACACACCUGGGUUUAAGCUAUAAUAGAUUCAGUGGAAACAUUCCAGUGUCCUUUGCAAACAUGUCUUCUCUCACACACCUGGGUUUAAGCGGUAAUAUGUUGAGUGGGAACAUUCCAUUGUCCUUUGCAAACAUGUCUUCUCUUGACGUCCUUAGGUUAAAUGACAACAGUUUCGGAGGUGAAACUGUCCUUAGUACUAUUUGUAUGCUCAAGAGCCUUAGUGAAGUUGGUAUUACAAACAGCCAACUGAAUGGGAGCUUACCAUCUUGUCUCGGUAGUCUUCCUUCGCUAAGUCUUCUAUAUCUGUCCAACAAUCACUUGAGUGGUAUUAUCCCAGAUUCUUUAGGCAACAUUUCCUCGCUCGUUUAUUUUGAUGUUUCUUAUAAUGCUUUAAGUGGUUCUGUCCCAGAUUCCUUGGGGGCUCUGUUUUCAUUAAGAUACUUGGCUCUGUCUUACAACCAGCUAAAUGGAACUCUUCCCUCAUUUUCGAGGCUCUCCUCCCUUUGGUACUUGGAUGCUAAAGGGAAUGCAUUUGCUUCCUCAACGCUGCCCUCUUCACUUGAAUAUCUCUAUCUCACAUUAAACGGCCAUCAGAUAAUUUCAGAGGCUUUUUUUCACAACCUUAGCAAAUUAGUGGACCUGUCUCUGUCUGAUUGUGAACUUAAUAUCAGCACUACUUGGAUUCCAUCAUUCCAAUUAUUCACCUUACAUAUGAAAUCAUGUAAGACAGAUGGUCAAAUUCAGUCGUGGAUUUCGACUCAAUUCUCACUUGAAGACUUGCAAUUAGCUGACAACAAUCUUGUUGGAGAAAUUCCCUCUUGGCUCAUGGAUAUGAGUCAUCUAUUGUCAAUCAAUCUCACAGGAAAUUUUCUGGAAGGUUGCCUUUUGCUAAACAGUUCAGCUCAGAAAUACUUGGAGGUCUUCGAUGUGUCUCACAAUGCAUUAAGCGGACAACUACCAUCAAUUUGGCUUCCUGGUAUACAAAUAUUGCUACUCAACCACAAUUUCCUGACGGGAAAGAUCCCUCCAACCUUACAGUUUAGCUCUUCGCUAUUUAUGUUAGAUUUGGCAAAUAAUCAGUUGAAUGGAAUGAUCCCUCAAAGCUUGGCCAACUGUUCUCAGCUUCAAAUAAUGAAUUUGGGGGAUAAUGAUUUUGGGGGAAUGAUUCCAUAUGAGUUUGGUGGGCUAAGUAAACUGCAGUCACUAGUGAUAAAGAAUAACCAGUUCAACGGAUCAUUCCCUCCUUCCAUAUCAAACUGCACAGAAUUAUAUUUUCUAGAUGUUGGGCAAAACUUACUGAGAGGACACAUUUUUAAGUCAAUUGGAAACCUUUCGAAGCUCAAAGUCUUGGCAAUGAGGAAGAAUAGUUUUGAAGGUAGCAUUCCUGCUGAAAUUGGGCAGUUGAAGCACCUCCAGAUCUUGGACCUUUCUUCAAAUCACCUAUCAGGAUCUAUACCACGUAGCAUUUUCAAUUUACAAGCAAUGAUGACAGAACCACACCAGGAAUUUAGCAUGAUUCAGUUUGACAUAACAGCUGCCCCAGGACCGUCAUCUUACACAUAUGAGAAUGGGUUGAAUAUGGAUUCCAAGGGAAGAGAUGAACACUACACAUAUAUUUUCCCCAACAUGGUGUCAAUAGAACUUUCAAACAAUCAACUAAAUGGGGAUCUUCCCUCUGAUUUAGGAAAGUUGAAGGGGUUGAACUUGUUCAACCUUUCUAUGAAUAAUCUCAAUGGUGUUGUUCCAAAUAGUAUUGUAGAAAUGAUAUGGUUGGAAACAUUAGAUUUAUCUACAAAUAAUUUUUCUGGACCAAUUCCUUCAGAUCUUGGUUCUUUGAGCUAUUUGGGAGCCCUCAACUUUUCCAACAACAACCUUUCUGGUAAUAUACCUCAAGGAGGACACAUGACAACAUUUAAGAAAUCAUCUUAUUUAGAGAAUCCAUAUCUAUGGGGAUGUCCACUACCAAAGAAGUGCAAUUGGCCAGAGUUUGCUCCAGCUCCUCCUCCUGUUUCUACAUCUAUUAACGAAGAAAAGCAAAGUGAGGAAAGUGUGUGGUAUGGGAUUGGAUUGGGACUGUCAUAUGGAGCAGGUUUUGCAGCAGUGGUUGUAUUUAUUGUAUUAAGAAGAAAGUGGCAACAAAAAUACUUCAAAGGAGUUGAUUUGGUCUUGAAAUUUUUUUUUCCACGGUUCCGCAAUUUGACAUUAUGAAAUUCUAUUUCUUUUGUUGAGAUCUUGGAAUUAUUGUAAGCAAUCUCCACAUACAUUAAUAAUGUUCUAUUUCUUAUUUGGUAUUUUCAAUAGAAUUUAAUUUUGGUGUCCGUAAAAACUACCAUUUUCACUUCAAAUUAUUGAUAGAUCUUAUAUUUUUCAUUUGAAUUAUGUUUUCUAGGAUUGUAUUAAACAUUUUUUUUUAUGCAUACCUUUAAACAGAAUAUAAUUCAAUAAAUGUAAUGGUGGCAUUGGCAUCAUUUCCUUUUGUCCACAAGUAAUUGUCAUCUAAAUUUAUUUUUUAAGCUUGCUAUUAUCAAAUUUUAAAGCAAUCAAUGAAAAUAUUGUUGACGAAUUGCCUUUGACGUUUUUGGGUAUAGACAAAAAGCUCUAAUGUCAAAUGCAGUUUGAAAGUUUUUAUUUUUCCAUGCAACUAAUAACUAUUCCAAAUCAUUAUUGUUGAUUAUUUCUCUCUUUUUUAUCAAAUGUUUAAAACAUACAUAAUCUAUGUUGAGCAUUUAGAUCAAAAGAGUAACUUAUCUUACAGUAUUUAUGUUAGAUUUGUGUUUGCAAAGGAUAUCCAAAUGAUCAUACCAAUAUUUCAUAACAAUCUAAUUAAGAAAAUUAACUUGUCACUCAAUUUGCUUCAUUCAACAAGUAUAAAUACAUUGCUUAUAGUUUUAAUUUUAAUUUUGAAUAAUAAAAGAAGAUUAUUACCAUAACCUUAUUAUUAAUAAAGAAAUUCCCUCGUCAAAUUUUGGUCUGAAUAUUUUUUUGCUGUCAAUAAAUUACUUUUGUCCCAUUUUAAUGGGUUAAUAGAAGUUGAAGAGACUGUUGCAACUGAAUCCUUUCUGGAUGGUUUCUUCUUCCUAUCUUUACUGAUACAUCUAUUCUAUGGGUUUUUGGCCUAUAGAUGAGAAAGAGGCUCAAUUUUUUAAUCUUUUAUUGGAUGAAAAGGUGUACUUGCACUCUAAGCUCUCUAGAAUGCACUCCAAAUUUAUUGGCAUGAAAUUACAGCUGAUAAGUCCAAAAGUUUGAGUUCCUUCAAUGAACAACUUUAAUGGUGCAUCAAUGAUCUCAACCAUUAGACGGUGGCAGUCGAGUCCGCAGCGUGGGAAUGAAGGUGUGUCAAGAGGAGCAUUUCAGUCGAUUUGAUUGCCUGAAUGAAUUAUGGGAGCUUGAUGAAUGUUAAUGACAUUAUUUUGUGCAAAAGUUUGACAGAUCUGCUUAAGUCACAAAUAACAUAGUGGGUGAACUUAUAUAAGCAAAUCACUCAGAAACACUUUCUACAUGGAUCGUCGCCAAAGUAUUCCACAAGUGGGCGAUUGCUGUAUACAAUGUCUGUCACAAGUUUUCCAUCUUUUAUCAUUUAGACUUGGGGUUAGAAGGGUGGAAGAAUUAUAUUGCUAGGUCCUGGCCGUUCUUACCCCUGUUUGUUGGUUUCCUUGUUUCGACUGGAUAAUGUUUGAUGCAGGACAUAAUCUACAGCAAAGGCAAAGAAAACAUCCCUUCUAAAUUAUGUUGAGGCUUGCAUUAUGUCUGAUGCUUAUUUAAGGGGCACCCAUGUCACAACUGAGUUUGAGGCCUUGAAUGGGAUAAGAAUGUUCUUUCUAGAUUAAGUCAGGGCUUCUAUGAGGCCUGCAAGAGGAAAUCUACAGUAACGUGGCUAAUCUAGGAAGGGUGGCAGGAUAAAUGAUGCAAGACGAAAACAACUCCAGGUCGCCUUCAAUCUUCAACAGUAAAAAUAAUUAACAAACGCAAUAGCAGAGACACUUUGCUUUCUUCAAUUGAAAUGUAGUCUUGAAAAGAUGCCCGUCCUCUGUUCACAGACCGUGAGGAUGCUGAAGGUUGAGCAAUUUGGCUUUACGCCUGCCACAUUGAUUCGCUUGGAAGUAUCUAAAGCCUUUUCGACAUUGAGGCAUUCUGUCAAACAGUUCAGGUGCCUUUCUCUGCUUCCCAAUUUUGCAUACAUAACUACCACAUCAUCUGACAAAAUUUUUUAAAGAUGGAUGCCUAUGCCCUGUUCCAAAGCUCCCAUUCACAAAUUGUAAGAGUACUGGCAAAGGCCGUGGGCAUUGGCUUAACACCUGCCAAUUGCAUAAAUACUUUAAACUUUUGCAAGGUAUCUAUAUAGUAUAUAUCCAUUUUGAUGUAUAUUCUGCAAUCACUGCGUUGAUAUCUCUCUGUAAACAAUUAAGUGCGUUGCCUAUAAUUUCACACUGUGCAUACAUAUAUACAGAGCAAGGUUCCUUAACAUACUCAGGACCAAGUUCAUAUUUUAAACUUUCCCUUUCACCCUCUUCUGAUAAGCCAAACGAAACUGAAGAAAAUAAACCAAACAAAUGUUUUUGGGCGAUGCAGAUCGCCACUAGACCCGGAUGCUCCUGCAUCAAUAAAUGAGGAGAAUUUCUGAGAAUACAGCUUAUGUUUGAUAUUAGGAAAAUGAAGCAAGGAUGGCUGAAUAAACUGUGAAGGGAAUCAAUGUGAGAAGAUAUUUUUGUUCAGUGCGCAGAAACACAUGCAUGACCUUAUCUGGGCCUGUUUCUGAUCCAAAAGAUCUCCCAAAGUGGAAUCAUGAUCGAUCUAGUACUGGAGAGGCACUUGAAAAGGACAGUGAUAUGUGUUCUAAUGUGUUUAUGCAGAGUCAAGAACAAACAAAUAAAAGUGCAGUUGAAGUUGCUUACCUCCAUGUACUUCUGAAUCAUUGAGGCCUUCUGACAUCCACCUCCAUUAGAGAUUGGUCUUUGUCUCAUGGAAAUCAUUGAGGAGGCAGCCAAUCUGUUCAUGGCAAUUAGGAUGCUUACUCUUAAGCCUCUCCACAUCAUGUGAGAAGAGGUUGUGUUUAAGGAGAAUGGUCUUAGUCUACCAAUAACCAUUGUGCUUUUCACCUGGUCUUUGGUGGUGAGACUGCUAUCUGGUCGGAUUUCAGCAAGUUCUCUUGGUUGAUUCUUGAUAUUUCUUUGUUUGAGUUGUUGCUAUUCAAAUAAAUAAGAUAGUAAUAGUGGUUGAGAUCCUCACAAGAAUA